ACUCCCACGAUAAUCGAAUCAAACAUUACAUAAGCAAAACUUUGCCAAAUCAUUACCGUACUACUGUGCUAGGCAAGCGUCGGACUCGUACGCCAUGGACGGGGUAAAAGCUGCUAAGAGACGCAAAAUCACAGAUAAAUCCGUCCCAAAUGCUCUUGCGCAGCUUCCAGAGUUCGCUGAGGACUCACACAUGUACCGAAGCUUGCUAGAGAUGGAAAAGAGGCUCGACUGGACAAUGAACCGGAAAAAGGUAGAAGUCCAAGACGCAUUGGCGCGCAAUCCGACUACUGCGCGCACACUGCGGCUAUUUUUGAGCCAUACGGUCUCUGGGCAGCUGUGGCAAGCUGGCGAAGCUGGUGCCGAGGGCGUGAACUUUGAGACGGGGCAGGGAAUUCCAGCCUGGUCUCUGAAGGUUGAGGGGCGACUAUUAGAGCUUCCCAACCAACGUGCGCGGGACAGGGUUUCUCCUCCAAAAUUCUCCACUCUCAUCAAACGAAUGAUCGUUGAGCUUGACCGUGACCCGACUUUGUAUCCAGAUGGGAAUGUCAUCGAGUGGCCUCGAGGUCCGACUAUUCAGCAGCCUCUCGAUGGGUUUACCGUAAGGCGAACUGGGGACCAGCCGACGAAAGUGCGCAUCAUAGUAUAUCUCGAGCAGACACCAGAGCGGUAUAAAGUGGCAUCAGACCUGGGCAACGUCUUGGGAAUCAAAGAGGAGAGUCGCAUUGGCAUAAUUCAGGCCAUGUGGAACUACAUCAAAAUACAUGGCCUGCAAGACAAAACAGAUCGCCGAAGAAUACGCGCUGACGAUUAUCUGAGACCGAUCUUUGGCGGAGAAGGCAUUAUGUUCCACCAACUGCCAGAGCUAGUCAAUCGAUAUUUGAUGCCUCCAGACCCUGUAAUUAUCUAUUACACCAUCAACCCAGCACAGAUACCCCCAGAGCGCCCUUCUGCCUGGGAUGUCGAAGUCAAGAUGGAGGACACGAGUUUGAAGAACCGCAUCAUGGUGACAGUACAAUCAAGUAAAGACAGCACGUCCGACCUCACCAAGUUGGAUGAUGAAAUUGCGCUGCUAUCACAAUCACUGCAUAACUCGCACACGAAGCGGCAAUUCCUUCAAAGUUUCGCCAGAGAUCCAGCUAAUUUCAUACAAACGUGGCUGGCAUCACAGUCUCGCGACUUGGAAAGUGUGCUUGGGAGCGGACCGAGUGAAGGUGCCACUAUUCGCGCGGAGGAGUUGCGUAGGAGUGAUUUCUUCAGGCUACCUUGGGUUGAGGAAGCUGUUGCUGUUCAUGAGGGAUUGCGCCUGGCAUCUCGAGGCAUGCAAUGAAGGUUAUAGAACUACGGUUCCUUGCUAUAUGUCGGCCUUGCUUUUGCAGUCUUAUCUUAUUCUAAUCGUUGCAUUGUUGUACUUACGUGUAUUUCGCCAAGAGCUUUUGAUGAUCAUUUCCCAUUUCAUGCUAGUAUACGCGACCUUAAUUUUUUUGACUCCAAAGUCAGACCACCCGAAAUGAAACAUGCGAUAAA